AUGUCCUGCAUCCAAGUCGCAAUUCCCAGCACAGCACCGGCACCGAGACAGCAAUCUCAAGAUCAAACGAUGUCAUCCGGCUCGGAUGUCGGAUCACGCAACGGCAGCGGCACCACCACCACCACCACGAAGGGAAGCAGCAGCAACCGUAGCAAUAGAGAGAUUGCACGCGAGAAUGGGCCUCGAAAUCAGCAAGAAGGUUUUCAGCAGGUUGUUUCUCAAACAGAUGCGGUAAAACAAAAUACUCAGACUGUAGCAACGUGUCCCGAAGACUCUGAUACCGAAUUGUUCCUUGACUUUGGGGAAGAAUAUUUGAACAAUCCACACGGUGGCUUUGAUGAACUACUUGAUCCAUUCGGUCCGGAUAGACUUCUCUCGCACAACCACAUGCCAGGUAAGCUCCAGCUGAUAUGUUUCGUCUCGUAA